AUCUUGUUCCCAGGGGCAGUUGGCGGAAGAGAUCGCGCUCUCUGGCCGCCGGCUCGCCUUCUUCCUGGAGAUCUCGCGGGCCGCUUCUCAGCGUCUGCUCUCGACCCCAGGUUCAUUUGUCGGCAUCCCCUUUGCUUUCCCUCAGCUGGCUGGGGCACUGCGAGGCGGCCCCCUCUCCCGACGGCGUUCCAUGGAGUAGGGUCCCGGACCGUUGUCCCGAAGAGCGAGAUCGAGCUUGGCCCCCUCCCUCCUCCCUUCUCCCUCCCUCCUUCCUUCCGCCGCAACAUGGCUAACAACAGCCCCGCGCUGACAGGCAACUCGCAGCCGCAGCACCAGGCGGCCGCUGCCGCGGCUCAGCAGCAACAGCAGUGCGGCGGCGGCGGCGGCGGCGCCACCAAGCCGGCGGUCUCGGGCAAGCAGGGCAAUGUCCUGCCACUGUGGGGCAACGAGAAGACCAUGAACCUGAACCCCAUGAUUCUGACCAACAUCCUGUCGUCGCCUUACUUUAAAGUGCAGCUCUACGAGCUCAAAACCUACCACGAGGUGGUGGACGAGAUCUACUUUAAGGAUUGACUCAGUCUUGCAGCGAGGCUCGGAGCAGCCCAGGGUCGCAGGUAGAGGUCACACAUGUUGAACCUUGGGAAAAAGGAAGCCGGAAAACGGCGGGCCAGACAGGGAUGUGCGGAGGGGUAAGUAGAAGUUCGAGGUGUUGGAACAGGAGGAAUUGUGUCUACAGCUUUUUGUCUGUUAUACAAAUUAUUUACUCUGAAGUUAACUCGAAAGCAAGUGAUGGGUCUUAUAACACACACAGACUCUCCAUAUAUUAGAGCUCUUGGAUUUAUGUAUAUAAGAUACACACAGCCCCCUACAGAUCUAUGGGACUGGUUUGAAUCCUUCCUUGACGAUGAAGAGGUUUGGGACUGACAAUAGCUGACUAACAUGUCCUGAGCUGUGAGAGGGCAUAGCAAGAAGGCCUUCAUGCGGACCUAGAUGUGAAGGCUGGUGGAGGCUGUGUAAUGACCAUUGGAGAAAUGCUACGGUCUUUUCUUACAAAACUGGAGUGGUUUUCUACCUUGUUUCCAAGAAUUCCAGUUCCAGUUCAGAAGAAUAUUGAUCAACAGAUUAAAACCCGACCCAGAAAAAUCAAGAAAGAUGGGAAAGAAGGUGCUGAGGAAAUGGACAGACACGUUGAACGCAGACGUUCACGGUCUCCAAGGAGAUCCCUGAGUCCUCGGAGGUCACCAAGAAGAUCAAGAAGUAGGAGUCAUCAUCGGGAGGGCCAUGGAUCUUCUAGCUUUGACAGAGAACUAGAAAGAGAGAAAGAACGCCAGCGACUAGAGCGUGAAGCCAAAGAAAGAGAGAAAGAAAGGAGAAGAUCUCGAAGUAUUGAUCGAGGGUUAGAACGCAGGCAUAGCAGAAGUAGGGAAAGGCAUAGGAGUCGCAGUCGAAGCCGUGAUAGGAAAGGAGAUAGAAGAGACAGGGAUAGGGACAGGGAAAAAGAAAAUGAGAGAGGCAGAAGACGAGAUCGUGACUAUGAUAAGGAAAGAGGUAAUGACCGAGAAAAGGAGAGGGAAAGAUCAAGAGAAAGAUCCAAGGAACAGAGAAAUAGGGGCGAGGUAGAAGAGAAGAAACAUAAAGAAGACAAAGAUGAUAGGCGGCAUAGAGAGGACAAAAAGGAUUCCAAGAAAGAGAAAAAGCACAGUAGAAGUAGAAGCAGAGAAAGGAAACACAGAAGCAGAAGUAGAAGCAGAAAUGCAGGGAAGCGAAGUAGGAGCAGGAGCAAAGAGAAGUCAAGUAAACAUAAAAAUGAAAGUAAAGAAAAAUCAAGCAAACGAAGUAGAAGUGGCAGUCAAGGAAGAACUGACAGUGCUGAAAAACCCAAAAAACGAGAACAUAGCCCCAGCAAAGAGAAAUCUAGGAAGCGUAGUGGAAGUAAAGAACGUUCCCAUAAACGAGAUCACGGUGAUAGCAAGGACCAGUCAGACAAACGUGAUCGUCGAAGGAGCCAAAGCAUAGAAGGAGAGAGCCAAGAAAAACAGAAGAACAAAGAUGAGACUGUGUGAAAAAUUUUUUGUAAAAGUGGAUCACAUUGACUCCUAUACAUGUUUGAUUUAAUCUUUUUUUUUCCCCCCAAAUUGAGAUUGUGCUGUAGUUCUGCACCCUUCAAGCUCCCUGUAGACCGCGGUUUCAUUUCCUCUUUUGUGUAGGGAAGUGCCUUUGUAAUCCCAUUUAUUGCAUUGAUGUUUUCACCCAGUUGUUGAGUUUGAUACAUGAUGCACAGAUUGUUCUUGCAUUUUUAUUGUUUAAUUGUUUUUGAAAUGUACAGUCUGUACAUAUGUCCUAAAAUGUUUUAAUUCCUUUGGCAUGAUUGCCAUGUUGGUUAAAUUUGUAUAAGGCAAUAAACUGCCACUAAUUCUAUUUUUGUUUGUAGGUGUGGGAUUAUGGUUUGUGUACUGAAGUUAGCAUGGCUGUGCUUUUCGUAAUAGAAUGCUAAAGACUUUGAGAAUGGAUUUUGGAUGUCUAUUUUAGGAGAAUUAUGUGCUGUCAGUGUACAUGAAGGCAGCAGUUGUAGGAUUAACAUUCUUGUCCACUGUAUAUUAUCUUGGAAGGCUGUUGUUAAUAUGUUAUACUUAAUAUUCUCCACAGUUAACCUUUAGAGAAUUUAUGAGAAGUUAGUUUCUGAUGCAGAGGUUUAAAUUAGGCUGUGAUUUGAUCAAAAGUCCUUUUAGCAUUCUACCUCAAAGGGACACUGUUAGUAUGCCUAAAAUUUAUUCACUUAGUUUUCCUUUUUUAUUUGAAAAAAAUACAUGACAUGUAAUCCUUUUUUUCUUGAAUUCUUUCUCAGAUUUUUAAAGUACUAUAUUAAAGAAAAAAUUAAUGUCUAUAAAGUCUAGCAUUCUUGCAGAAGUCUAUACUAACAUGUAAUUGGGAGAGGGUGGGGCAGAUGAAUAGAAAAACAGAUUCAAGCCUCAAGCUUCCAAAGCAUUUUUAUAAAUGGGAAAUACUUAAAUUAUGAAACAGCUUGAUAUAGUGUCCUUUUUAAAAUCCAAAACUUUUUUUAUUGAUAAUGAAGAUUGCUGUUUGAGUUUUUAAACUUAAUAUAGAACAGAGUAUUAAUGCUAUGCUGCAUUAUUUAAGACGAUCAGCAAAUUAUUUGAUAGAGAUUGUUCUUAUGACUUGUAUUCUGAUUACGGAGAACCAUCAUGAGUGUCAAAUAAAUACUGGAUUAAAUCCUUUAUCCUGGG